AUGGCCACUACUAUUCCAUCACCAUUCCAAUGGGACUCUACUUUCUGCGUGGGUAACAAUGAAUUGAAUGACCAACACAAGAAGCUCUUUGCUCUCAUCAAUGCUUUGGAUGCCAAUCGAUCCAGUGCUUCUGCAUUGAAGGAAUUGUUGGAUUAUGUUGUUGUUCAUUUCAAGGCAGAGGAGGACUUGUUUGCCAAGGUGAAUUUCUCUGAUUCUGCUUCUCACAAGGAGACUCAUGAUAAGUUUGUUCAAGAUGCUUUGGGUUUGAAGAGUGUUGGAGAUGGUGAAAUUCAAUUCAUCAAGCAAUGGUUGGUAAGCCAUAUUAAGGGAUCUGAUAUGAAGUACAAGGGAGUUCUUUAA